UUACCCACAAUUCUGGCGCUCCCUGUUCUGCUCACUGCUCGCUUCCUUCCACGUGUUUCAGCACCUGGUAGAGCCACCCCUUAUGCUGUUGAAGCACAUAUACGUGCAAAUAUACUAUUCUCAACCAUUCCACUCAUGUCUACGACGGACGCCACUGUAUCACCAAGUGCGCCACGCAUUCCAUCUCGAACUCCUGCGUCGGAUGGGACUCAACCAUUAAGAGCAUGGCAUGAUCCACCACGACACCCUCUUUUGUGUCUGUGCUUUAAGGCGUUGUGUUUGAUCGCUAUAUCGAAGCCGUCGGUCGAACACUGGGAUGACCUCAUACAUGAUCGGAACAGGGAGGAAUGGGUAGAGCAUAAGAAAAUGGUGACAGAUCGAUUGGCAAACAUGAAUGUCACGGCGGGUCUGGUUUUGACUACAAGUGCUGUUUUUAUAUCUACUCAACCUCCAUUUCAACCUCUUAUGCCCUAUGCAAGCCAUGGGUCGUAUAUCCUUCAAGUUUCAUCUUUUGUAGCUGCGUUGAUCAGUUUGAUGACUGGAACCUCUGUCCUCAUCAUCUAUGAUACUUGCUAUGCAAAUGCAGAGAUGAAACGGAUAUUGAAAUCGUUGAAGCGAUCUCGCUUGCGCCUCGUAUGCUCCCUUAUACUGAUGGCAUAUCCGUCUAUGGCCUUGGCAGUUUCAACACUGGCGUUACUGACAGCCGUCUUUAUAGCUGGUUUCACGUCCGACAAGCUCUUCGUGAAAAUCCUGACUGCAAUAACCUAUCUAACACUGGCUCUUCUCGCUGUGCUCGCUAUAUAUGUAUUCAGCGCUCCUUGGAUUGAUGACAUGGUUGGUCCAGAUCCCGCAGACAGUCACGAUCAGCCAAGCUCUGAGCCAAAAAAUGAUAACGUGGGUUUUCACAGGGAAUCAGAGUAUUCGGGCAGCCGCACCAAGCCUCGGCCGAAGGAACACGUGUAGGGGAUUGUGCGAUUUCCUGAUAAUAUGGAAGGAAACUAUUACUAUCUAAGACUGCACGCUGCGGCUUGGUGGCAGCUGCGUCCCUCGUUACUAUAUCACUACGUGCACAUGCUAAACACUUCAUUUACUGGUGGCCUCCCUGUGGGCCGAGGCU